GCAGGUAACAGUCGCGAACCGUGAAGAAUAAAACAAAUGCUCAGACAUUAAACACUGUAAAUAUAUAUCACCCGGUCAGAGCGCAGCCACUAAUGAAUCACAUUUGCUCACAGCUGUCAGUUCACAGACGUGGAUCAUCGUCAUCAUCAAAGUGCACUUCUCCCAUUCAGUGACGCAUCCACCGGAGGCUGCACUCUUCAGAAGUCAGGACGCCUGUGUUUGCUCCAAGGAUUACAUUACCACACCAGAGGCCUGCCAGGCAGACCCACGGGCAGGCACACUGCCUCACCACCCAAGAAAAUGCAUUAGGUUCUUCGGGGGAAUCUGAGCCACGGAGAGGAACUGCCUCCGGCUCGUCGGAUAAACAAGCGCUCCUGCAGAAUGCCUUCACUGAAGUCUUUCCAGUGUCACUGCAUAUUCGACGUGACCGCAACAUGACCGAAAACAGAGUCCGCAGAGUAAGAAGAAGCAGCAGCAGCUCUGCCCCUGCUCACACGGAAGACUCCGUCUCUCUGCCUCCAAACGUUCUGAAGGCCGCUCAUCUUUCUUCUCUCAGAGAUCUGGUGUCACACCAGAAAAUCACAGUUCGCUUAGGUCUUCGUGUGUCUCUCAGUGAUCCUUUUGACCCUCAGUUCCUCCUCUCCCUGAGCAAAGAGCCGGGAAUCUACAACACCGGAGGGAAGGCCGGACUCUUUUCGAUGAGAAUUGUGGGAAUAAAGAAAGCAACUUCUGCACCCUGAGAUUUCCUCUUCCACACUCAACCUCAGGAUUAUAUAGGAGGAAUUCAUGGAGAAAAAAAAAUAAUCAUUCUCUUUCUUUUCUGAACACCGUGUUACUGCUGUUGUUUCUUAAAAUAUGUAUUUUUUGAUUAAAGAUUGUUUAAUCAUCCAUUAAAGAUUAACUUAAUUGGUGCAGCCCUGUGUCUUAUGCGGUGACUGACAGUUGGCCCCGCCCAUGGAGCGGAACAGCCAAUAGCAACAGACGCAGAGCAUUCAUUCCCUCCCUCUUAUUGGUGUUUCCAUGAUGUGCUUCUGAUGACCGUGAGGAAGUUUUCCCUGCACGUCGCCGGCUGUGGUGAGUGAUCUGACUGUUCAUUGUAGAUCAUUAUUUUUUUUAAAACGGAAUCCGCGCAGCUCUGAAGCGCAGGGAUGGCAGACUCCCUGGAGGACUCGCUGCCCGAGGAGGAGAGGGACUUCCAGAAGACUGUAGCGCUGAUCGGCGGCAAGGAGAGGAUUUAUUUGGUCUGCGAUGCCUGUCAAAGGAAAGAGGAGGACGGCGACGACGCCGGGCUAAUGCAGGAGUUCAUACGUGACAUGUUCCGCGGCGGCGGCCCUCCCGCGAACAACAACGCGCGGCCGCCCUCGUCCGUGUCCAGCGGCCCCGACCACGCGGCGCGCGACAUCCACGUCUGCAGCGGCAAGACGGAGCCGGCUGAGCGCAACGAGGCGCCGCGCGCCGCGAGGCCCGAGGAUCUGGAUCUGGAUCUGGAUCUGGAUCUGGAUCUGGGAGCCGGUGCGGCGGCGGCGGAGGGGGGCGCGGGGAACGGCCCCGUCCGCCCGGCUCCGAGGACCGCGACGCGCAGGGCGAACAUCCACAGUCGGGAGCGGGAGAUAGACGCUCCCGUCGUCGUCUUCAUCUUCAGACAGACGUUCGUCGGCCAGGACUGCAACCAGGCGUGCGUAAAGGAGAUCCUGAAGGACGUGAGGGCGCGCACGAAGCGCGCCCGGAUCGCCCGGCCGGCUCUGGUUGGAUUAGUGCACACCAGACAGGAGAGCGCCGAGACGCGUCGGUGUGCGCAGCUGCUGGAGAGUCUGAUCCGGUCGGUGUUCCGCAAACAUCCACCAGAGACCAUAUGGGUCGACGGUUACAUCCCGCAGACGGAGGCCAGAAUGCUCAGCAUCAAGAAAAACGCCUGCAAAGUUAUACACUCGUCUCAAACAAUAAUACCAGGAAUAGAAGGGAACCGCUUUUCUGGCCAUUCCAAUGUUUGUUCUGGCCUCAGAGAAGAGGAGACGGAGGUCAGGCUAUCGACCCUACGAACAGCAGGACAAGAGGUGACACUGAAAGUCUAGAGGAAGGCAUCCCUCUGAAAACAAAUCCCAUGACUGCUGGAGUUCAUGUGGAUGGAGAACCAGCUGGAGGCGACAGUUGAUGUCGGGACACAUGAUCUUUGGCUGCAGGCCUUCUCUGUGGACAAUCCUGUUUUUACUGUGACCAGAGAAAGAUGGCCUUGUGGUGCUACAGCUCCUUAUUACAUAUUACAGUAUUUCUUUAAGGUGCUCAAUAUCUACACUGCUGAGCUAACAUGAUUAUUGUCCUGAAGCAAUAUGUUAUCUAAUAUUCAAAUCUGCUGCAAUUUUUGCAGAUGUACAAAUUGCCGUUGUUGUACAAUGGGUAGUCCUAAAGGGAUUUAUGUGUAUUCACAGAACAGCCAUACAAGCUGAAUGACAUUAGCAUCACAGUGUUUUUUUCUGUUAUCUUUGGCAGAGACCUUCAGAUAGAGACUUGUACGUAGGCUUAUUACAGUCUGAGACUGCAGAAUGCCGUUUUACAGCACAAGUACUCGAGGAACACGAGGAAUGGUCAAACACCGUAGAGCUGACCGCUGCUCCAUGGGACCCAGGAACUCAAGGCUUUCUGUGUCAACUGGUCUGUGUUUUGCUAAGUAACAUGUAUUUUGGAAUGUGUCUAAUUAAAACACAAUAUCAACUGACA